AGCGAGCACUGCGCCCGUCAACAUGAGGAUUUUAAGGUUUCUGAGGAGCAGCGUGUCCAUAGGAAAGGACAUAGACUAUUACUCCAAAUUCUCACCCUCCCCUCUUUCAAUGAAGCAGUUUCUGGAUUUUGGCUCAGAAAACGCUUGUGAGAAGACAUCGUUUGCCUUCCUUAGACAGGAGUUGCCUGUGAGGUUGGCAAACAUCAUGAAAGAGAUCAACUUGUUGCCAGACAACUUGCUAGGGACUCCAUCAGUCCGGUUGGUCCAGAGCUGGUAUAUGCAAAGUCUGCAGGAGAUUCUUGAGUUCAAAGACAAAAACGCAGAUGAUGAGAAAGUCACAUAUGACUUCACAGAUGCCGUGAUAAAAAUCAGAAAUCGCCACAAUGAUGUCAUUCCCACCAUGGCCCAGGGAGUCGUGGAGUACAAAGAGACUUACGGCACAGACCCAGUCGUCAGCCAAAAUGUUCAGUAUUUUCUGGAUCGCUUCUACAUGAGCAGGAUAUCCAUCAGGAUGCUGCUCAACCAGCACACGCUCCUCUUUGGGGGGAAGGUGAAGGUGAACCCAGCACAUCCCAAACAGAUCGGCAGUAUUGAUCCAAACUGUCGUGUCAGUGAGGUUAUCAAAGAUGCCUACGAAAAUGCACGAAAUCUUUGUGACCGGUAUUACAUGAACUCUCCUGAGCUGCGACUGGAGGAAUUCAACGUCAAAGAGCAGGGAAAACCCAUCAGUAUGGUUUACGUUCCAUCCCAUUUGUAUCACAUGGUGUUUGAGCUUUUUAAGAACGCCAUGCGGGCCACUAUGGAGUUGUACGGCGACGCCAUGGAGUAUCCUUCUAUCCACGCACAGGUCGCUCUGGGAACUGAAGAUCUGACUGUCAAGGUGAGUGAUCGCGGAGGAGGCGUGCCGCUGCGGAAGAUUGACAGGCUGUUCACCUACACGUACUCCACAGCUCCUCGGCCCAGCAUCGACGGUUCACGUGCUGCUCCUCUGGCUGGUUACGGGUAUGGCCUGCCCAUCUCUCGACUGUAUGCGCGGUACUUUCAAGGGGACCUGAAGCUUUACUCUCUAGAGGGUUAUGGAACUGAUGCUGUGAUCUACAUUCGGGCUCUCUCCACAGAGUCCAUCGAGAGGCUCCCUGUGUACAACAAGUCGGCAUGGAAACACUACAAGACAAUGCACGAGGCCGACGACUGGUGCGUCCCGAGCAAAGAGCCCAAGGACAUGACAACGUUUCGUAGUUUCUAGAUUCAAAUGACAAAUGGUCCUAUAGCAACGCGUGCAAGAGAGGUUGAUGUAAAUGAAUGGUUUGCGCGCGCGUGUGUGUGUGUGUGUAAUGGUAAUCAGCUCAGAUUUUUAGUGCCAUGUAUUCCCUAUAGAACAAUAGUUUUUGGUUCGAUAAAGAUUAUGGAGUUCAGCAACCCUCAAUUUAAAAAAAACCCCAAACAAACAAAAAACAAAUCUUACUUACCCCUACUGGUAUUAACCACUCAUGGUUUUAACUGGGAGAAACCAGGACCAAGACACAAUGCUGCUGGAAAAAACAAGCCCAACUAAUACUGGACUUUGAGGCCGAUAUUGAUAUUUGAGUUUUUUAAAGUCUUGAUUUAUUGCUAUAUUGGCAUUUUAGAGUGUAAAAAUAAACUUGUCAGUGCUCUCUGGUGGACAAACUAUGUAACGGCAGCACUGUUUCUAAAGUUACUGAUGAACAUAUAGAGCAAUAAUAAUAUAUCUAUCAUGAGCUACAUAAAGUGGACUGGUCAUGCUCUACCUGAAAUUUCAUUAUUUUGAUGCUUUGACAACAAAAAAAAAA